AUGGCACCCAUCCCCUUCAUCGGCCGUCUCCACAUCCACGAGUACCUUGCAUUGGGAGCUUCCUUCGUCCUGCUCGGCUUCGAAGUUCUCGCUCGAACGAUAACGCUCCUCUUACCAACACCGAUAAUCCGCUUCCUGUACAGACUUAGUCGAAAUGCAUUCAACAGCUUGUCCUCUCCGUACUCGCGACGAGCAAGAAACAAAAAGAAGAGCGUGUCCAGUCCCAUAGCCCAGGCGCAUGACUUUGUCGAGAUAUGCGAGCUGUCUGGCUACUACGCCGAAGAGCACGUCGUUCAGACGAAAGAUGGCUACCUCCUGGGUAUACAUCGUCUAGCAUGGCGACGAGGGGAGGAAGACAAGCGCGUCAAUUCUGGACCGGGCAGCGUACAGAAGAAGGUCGUCUACCUCCACCAUGGUCUGAUGAUGAACAGCGAGGUGUGGGUGUGCAUCACAGAAAAGGAAAGGUGUCUGGCUUUCCAGCUUGUCGAGCAGGGGUAUGAUGUCUGGCUUGGGAACAACCGCGGCAACAAGUACAGCAAGAAGAGUCUACACUAUGGUCCGACGGAAGUGCCCUUCUGGAACUUCAGUAUGGAUCAGUUUGCUUUCCAUGAUAUUCCUGACAGCAUCAACUACAUCUUGGAUACGACCUCUCAACCGAGCUUGUCAUAUAUUGGUUUCAGCCAAGGCACAGCACAGGCUUUCGCGACACUAUCGAUCAACCCGACACUGAACCAAAAGGUUGAUGUCUUCGUCGCAUUGGCUCCCGCCAUGGCGCCUCCAGGAUUGGCGUCUGGAAUCGUCAGCUCUCUGGUCAAAUCGAACCCCGAAGUCUUGUUUCUGCUGUUCGGCCGACGUGCUAUCCUUGGUAGCACAACCAUGUGGCAGGCGCUGCUGUAUCCUGCCAUCUUCCAAUGGGUUAUCGACAAGAGUCUCAAGUUCUUGUUCGGAUGGAAAGCGCUCAACAUAGCCCCGCACCAGAAGCUUGCCGCAUACCCGCAUCUCUUCUCGUUCACCAGCACCAAGAGCGUGGUCCAUUGGUUCCAGAUCAUCCGUAAUGGCAACUUCCAGAUGUUCGACGAUGAAGUCACGAGUCCCACCAGCUUUAGUACAGGAAGCAAGUACUACAAAGUCGCCAAGUUCCCGACCAGGAACAUCAAGACUCCGAUCGUGCUGGUGUAUGGUGGGAGUGACAGCUUGGUCGAUAUCAACAUCAUGUUGAAGGAGCUCCCGAAGCACACCAUUGCAAAGUGUGUACCAAAGUACGAACAUCUGGAUCUGCUCUGGGCGAGCGAUGUCGACAAGCUUGUCUUCCCACAUGUGUUGCAGGCUUUGAACGACUUCGCUCAAGGGGACAACAAAGGCGAGUCACUUGAAUGGAGGAAAGACAUGCGCUUGCCACGACCUAGCAUUUUCGACACUACCAAUAUGGGUACUCCCAACGGCUCUCAACCACCAGGCUACUCCGAAGACGAAAGGGCUCGCGCUGUCUUUUCUCCCAGUGGAAUGCCGCAAACCCCAGCAUUUGAGUACCAACGUCGCACAAUCACGGAAGAGCAAAUGGACGAAAGCGACGAAGACGACUACGCCGACGAUACACCUCCGCAGACUUCAGAAAGCGUCGCCUUCAUCCCGUCAUCCUUCGCACACACUUCCGCUGCGGGUGCCACAUUACCAGACAGCACCUCGGUAAGGCCUAGCUCGAGCUCCACAAACGCGACAUUCACCUCACAUCAGCGAAGACCACAGUCCCAACCACCGAUCUCGAGCAAGAGUCCACCACGUCCAACGCAAAACAUGGAACGGCUCGAAACGGACCAUAUCGAUCGCUUGGGUCAUAUCAAUAGUAUCCAGGCGCAACGCCUGCUUCAUGAGAUUCGAGCUGAGGAAGUGGUGAAUCGAUAUCGACAGAAUGGUAAUGGGGAUGGUAAUAGUGGUGGGCCUACGACACCAGUGAAGAGUAGUAUAGAUGUCGAGCCUUCUUCAGAGUCCGGCGCAGCUGCAACGAGUAUUGAUACUGAUAAGACGAUGGUACCCAGAAGUCGGCCGGAGGGAUGGUGGAGUUCGACGAGUUCGAGUUCGGAUAAUCUUGUGGAUAGUUCUACGCCGACGAGGCAGCGGUAA